AUGGAUUCUCCUCCUCAAGCCCAGCCCUUCCAAAACAAUAUCGUGAUAGACCGACCCUGUAGUGCUCAGUCUAACACUGAUACAGCAUCUGAAGCCACGUUUGUGGCAUCGCCCGCUCUCGAUGAACUCAACGACGCCGAGUCCAAGGCCCUCCUCGACACCAUUGACAAGCUUCGGGCCCUUGGCGUAGGCGACAUCAUUCACCUCCCCAGAUCAUCGUCGUCGGUGACCAGUCGGGAGGGCUUCUCCAACGACGUGCUUCGCGUGAGCAUCACAGGGCCAGACGUGCUAUCGCUCACCAUCGUCGACCUCCCCGGCUUCUUCCACUCGGAGACUUCGGAGCAGACGGCCGAGGACAAGCACAUCGUAGACAAACUGGUGAGGACGUACAUGAAGCAAGAGAAGAGCAUCAUCCUCGCCGUGCUUUCCGCCAACCAGCAGGCCGCCAACCAGAGCGUCCUGACCAUCAGCAAGCAGGAGGACCCGGGCCGAGAGCGCACCAUCGGCGCUUACCUCAAGUUCGCCCGGAACCAGGAACCCACGCACCAGCUCAAGCUAGGCUGGCACGUCUUGCGCAACCGCAAGGAAAGCGAGGCGGGGAUGGGGUACGGGGAGCGCGACGCGCAAGAGGCCGAGUUCCUCCGUCGGGGUGCGUGGAGCGAUCUGCAAGAGCGGGACAAGGGCGUGGCCGCGCUGCGGAGGAAGCUUCGCAAAAUUCUCCUCGACCACAUCCGGGAGACCCUGCCGGGCCUCGUCACGGAUUUGCAGGCGAACCUCGAGAAGAGGGAGCUGGCGCUCAAGCAGCUGGGGAUGGCCCGGUCCAGCAUCGAGGACAUGCGGUCGUACCUCAUCAGCGUGGCUACCGAGUUUAGGGACCUGGCUAUGCGCGCCACUGAGGGCUCGUACACGGACGAGUUCUUUGGCGGGCUGGGCGACACGCGUCAGCGGAUCCUCAGGGAAGAUGAAGAAGACGAAGACCCAGACGAAAAUGACGAUGACGAUAACGAUGACGAUUCCGAAGCAUAUUCCGACGUCGAUUCUGAAGACGACGACGAUGAUGAUGAUGAUGAUGACGACGACGACGCCUACAGAUCGGCCAACGCCCGUCCCGCGUACCUCAAGCCUCUGCUGCGGCAGUACGACUUCCCGCGCCCGGAGCGAAUUAGCCUCGAGAAGAAGACGAGGCAGCUCACGAAACUAGCGGCUGGGAACCGCGGCAAAGAAUUUCCCGGGAUCCCCAACCACAACCUCGUCAUGCAGCUGUUUUGCGAGCAGGCGCGGCCGUGGACGGCCAUCGCGGACCGCCACCUCGACCUCAUCCUCGAGGCGGCGGGGGACGUCGUGCGCGGCAUACUCGAGCACAUACUCGGGCCCGACGACGCGACCAAGGCGUCGGUCCUGCGCGAUAUUGUCGAGCCCUUUUUCGAGAGCAGGCACGACGCGCUCAAGGCGAAGCUCGAGGAGGUUGCGGUGCCCCACGUCAGGGGCUACGGGCUGCCGCUCCUCGCCGACUACCACGCGCAGAUGCGCGCCACGUUUACGAAGCGCUGGACCUCCAAGAUUGAGUCUCUCGUCCAGGACGACGCGGGGAGUGAGUUCGGCACGGAGAAGAUUAUUGACAUGAUGCAGAUUUACUAUGAUAUGACCCAGAGGACGUUCGUGGACAACAUCGUCAAUCUAGCCGUGGAAAGCUGCCUGAUGACGCAGCUCCCCGGAAUACUGACCCCCGCCAUGAUCAGCCGGCUCGACGACGAAGCCAUCCGCAACCUGGCCGCCGAGUCCGACGAAUCGAGAGCCGAGAGGGAGCGCCUGGUCGGGGUGACCAACACGCUCCGGGAGGGCCUGAAGCUGUGCCGCAAGUACAAGCCGUACGCCAGGGCCGCGAGGACGUCGAUCAGCACCGCCCAGUCGGCGCACGGUAACAAGGUCAGCAGCACCCGGAGCUCGCCGACGCCGACGCGUGCCGAACCUGCUGUGGCCAAGGACCCGCCACCCGCCGCGUCCAGCGGCGGGUGUUCGGCUCCAUCCGUCGGUGGCCGAGACCCUAUUCGGCCCCACCAAAAACCGGCAGUCCAGACUGCAUUCGGCACCACCAAGGAGGCGGGAACCCGAAACGCGUUCAACUUUGCUAGCGAGCUGAAAGGUGUUCAAGGCGCGGGCUUAUUUUCGGAAUACGCGAAACCUACGCAGUCUGCAAAAUCGAGUAUUUUUUCAACACGUCCUUGA